GGUUGGUUUGUGCGCGCGCCCCCCCGCGAUUCCGGUGGGAAAGAGAUGGGGGCGCACCACGCCUCCGUGACGAGAACCGAAUGGGAGACUCAGGUGGUUGUCAACGUGUACGAUCUCACCCCCGCGAAUAGUUACACCGCCUGGUGCGGUCUGGGCAUCUUCCAUUCCGGCAUUGAAGUGCAUGGUAAGGAAUAUGGCUUUGGAGCACACGACUUUCCAGCUAGUGGAGUAUUCGAAGUGGAACCACGGAGCUGCCCAGGAUUCAUAUACCGGUGUUCUAUUUCGCUGGGCCACAUAAAUAUCCCUCCCUCGGACUUCCGGCUCUUCAUCGAGCAUAUGGCUUCUGAAUAUCAUGGGGAUACAUAUCAUCUUAUAUCCAAGAAUUGCAACCACUUUACUAGUGAUGUCGCUUUUAGAUUGACAGGCAAAACAAUCCCAGGGUGGGUGAACAGGCUGGCCCGGCUCGGUUCUCUGUGUAGUUGCAUUCUUCCAGAAAGCCUUCAAGUCACUACUGUUAAGCAGCUCCCUGAGUAUCACGACUUUUCCGAGGAAGAUGGUACUGAAUCUGUAUCGACUAUGACUCCUCGCGAUUCUACCGAGAUGGACGACACCGAUCAGGAGAAGCACUUGUUGUCGGCUCGGGAAGCGGCUGGAGAAUUGGCUUUUAUUAAAGAGCCAGAGAAAAAUUGAACUUAGGUAGAAAACAAGUAUGCUUGCAGCAACAGGAAGUGUCGUUUGCCCAUCAUUGCAUUUUCCCAUAUCUCCUAGUCUAUGCUUGAUCACCACAAUUCAAACAAUGUAAUUGUUCCUUCGCGGAUCCUCAUCAUUCUUUUCCUAUAUUGUGGUGCUUUUCGAUGUAAUAUCUUCACACUCCAUAUUAUGCACGGGACGAUUGAGUCCGCUGUAAAUGAGUAUUCAUUUGACCUGUUUCCACUUA